AUGCAAUUGAGCAUCAUUUUCACCGCAGUUCUUGCGGCGACCAUCUCCCCGGCUUUGGCAUUCUGGCGUCUGCCAUGUCGGGGACGUCUAGGCGUUGCCCGCCUCGAUCCGCUGGUCAAUCCCGGCGCCGUCUCUUCUCACGCACACGUUAUCCACGGUGCUGGCAACUUCGGAAAGAGUGUCACCGUCGAUGAACUGUUGGCGUCGGACUGCACUUCCUGUGCAAUCAAACAGGAUAAAUCCAUUUAUUGGACUCCAGCAGCCUACUUCAGACACCCCAAUGGAGACACAGAGCUGGUUCCCCAAGUUGGGGGCAUGCUUGUCUACUAUCUGCAACGCGGGGAGAACGUGCAGGCCUUCCCAAAAGGUUUCCGUAUGCUGGCCGGAGACCCUUUCCAACGCAAUUUUACCUGGCCAGUUCCGGACCCCCCCAAGUCAUCCUGGAGUGGUCCUGAAACAUCGCAGUUUGCCCUCUCCCAAAAAGCCAUUGGGUUUAACUGCCUGAACUACCAAGCGACGCCAGAGCCUACCCUCUUCCGUCACACUCUGCCGAAAAAGAGUGAAAUCGACGCCAAUUGCCCUGAUGGCCUCCGCAUGGAGAUGAUGUUCCCAUCCUGCUGGAACGGCAAGGAUCUCGACAGUCCAGACCAUAAAUCCCACAUGGCCUACCCCAAUCUGGUCGAAGACGGUGUCUGCCCCAAGGGCUUUGAGACCCGCGUCGUAUCUCUCCUUUUCGAGACCAUCUGGGACACCGCCAAAUUCAAGGGCGUUGAGGGUGAAUUCGUUCUCGCCAACGGCGACCCUCAGGGAACCCCCGGGCAAUUCUUCGCCCCAGAAGAGUACGGAAAUGCCACCCCCAUCUCCACGAGCACGUACACCGAGGGCAACGUCGUUUACGAGCUUGUCAUCAUGGAAGAGAAGGUUACGACUACUAUUGAACUUCCUGCCGGUGCCACACCGCCUGCUGGAGCCAAGGCUGUUCGAAAGGUCCACAAGCGUCAUGGGCACGGACAUUUGCAUUAG